AUGAUUAUGACCGCCGAGGACCACUACACUUACGAGCUCGAGAAAUUCGAGUUUGUCAAGUACAAGUUCGUCAGCCUCCGCGAGAACUUGAGAAUCCUUCUCGAUUUCCUCAACAAGAUGGGAAAUCAUCCAGAGGAGAGAAUCGACAACUACCACAUCAUGAAGAUCAAGACUAACUUCUUUAUAGACGAGAUCGACUUCAAUCUGCAGGGAGAAUUCCCAUUCGGACAUCUCAGGGAGUACUUCAAUGUCUAUUCCAACUUCUACAACCGCAGCCGCUCGGAGCUUAUGGAGGUGAUCCACGAGAUCAGCCUCAACCGUCAACUCAUCUGGUAA